AUGCCUGAGCUGCUCAAAUACCUCACCCACCUGUCAUUACAUCCAUUCCUCAUCUUCCUGCACAUAUCUUCUUUCCUGGCUUACCUUCUGUUCCUCUGCUCAGUGUUUGAAGUUCCAGUGGCAGGCCAUUGGCUAGCCAGGAAAGAAGGCAUGGUGGUUGGUAGUGCCAUGAACUGUUGGAAUCUGAACAAUCCAAGAGAGGAGAGGACACAGAGGACUGAAGGAUCCAAGAUAGUUCUUGAAUGGAAACUGAGAUGCAGGAGUGUGAUAUCAAGGACAACAGAAAUGAAUGUCAUUGGUAAAGCCCCUCAACACAUUGUGAUGCACCCCCUCCUAGAGCUACCAAAAGAUAUGCUUGCUUGGAUUCUCCCCCAAAAAAGCCUAUCUGUGCUUGAAUUUUUGUCCUUCAAAUUACCUGCCAUUAUGGUCACAACAAAACAUGUUACCAUCAAAGCAUUCUUCUCCAAAGAUCAGCCAUCCCUUGAUAAUGCACAGCUCAUACAAGACUUGCCUAUCCCCUUGACACAAGUACUUGACAUGCUUUCAAAACCAAGUUCUGAGGCCAUAGAGAAUGGAGCAUUUUUGUUGAAGUGUGCACAUCUUACUGGUGAUGCUAGUAAGACACAACUCUCACCUAUUGGUGUGAAGUUGUAA